AUGAGCUCUGCGGCAUUUGCCUGCCGUCUGGCUCUCUCACCUCCCGAGUCCUCGUUUGCCUUCCCUUCCAAGCGCCGCAACGGGGAAGUUCUCCCCUCGGGGUGGAAGAGGAGCCUGCCGUUCCCCUGUCUGAAGGCGUUGGCGGCGAAGGCGAUGGAGGACGGGUUCGUGGUCGUGGAGGACGAUAUCCACGCCCUUCUGGAGGUGCAUCACGCGGGGAAUUUCCACUCCCUUUUUGUUUCCAUUAUCUUCUGCUUUUCUCAGGGAAAUUUCUCCUAUUUAUUUCCCUCUCCUGUGGUGAGGUGUUGAAAUGGGUCUUACUGUGCCAGUUCAAAGGAGAAAGACCCCAUUUUUAGAAAAAAAUAUCUGAUACAAAAGGUUUAUAUAAAAUAAAUGAUAGAAGUUUGCGAAAGCAUCCUCAUCCUUCCGCUGCAGGAUGCGAGUUCCGAUGACAUGUUAGUCAACUGUUUUCUCUAUAGAUUUUUUAUUUCUUUUUCUUCUGAUUUCAUUCAUUUUAUUAUAUUUCGUUUUUCUUAUACUUUAUUAACCGGGUGUUACUGUUCGCAGAUUCUACCGAGAGAUGUGCACGAAAAACUUCGAAAUGAACCAAGAAGAGCCCAGUUAUUGGAGGUAAUCCCCUUUGAAGAUUUGUGUUUCCUGGAUAUCCAGCGAACCCAUCCCCUCCAAAGAUAUGACGAAAAAUGAGGAAAAAUAGUAUUAUAUGUAUAUAUAAGUUUCAUAAUUGGAUUCAGGUUAUGAUUCUUCACCCAAUACUGGUGGCAAUAGGAAAAGUCUGAGGAGAAUAAAUACUAAAUUGUUCUUCAAACUGAUGAUCCACUUUCCCGUAGGUUAUAUUGGAUCUGGGCCGUCGCCCAGAAGCUCGGUUCCUUGGUGAAUCUGGUGGGCAGUACUUAAGGGAAGCGGAGGUGAGAGUUUUCUGAACCUUGAGGGUCUGUUGCCAGCAUUAACUGUGAGAUUCAUGUAAAUCCUUGGUGUGUAAAGCAAUCAUAAUAGUUUCAUCUAUCUAUUGCCUGUGGGUUUCUAUCGCAGUUUGCUUGCUACCAGACUAUGAUGACCUGAGUUGAAUGAUUCAUUGGGUGUUCACAAUGUUAGCUUACCCAUUCUCCACUGGGUCCAUCAAUUGGUUUUACGCUCUGAUUCUCUCCUCAUACUUUGUGGUGAUCUAACUGUUCUUGGUUUAACUUAUAUACAAAUAGUCGUUUAUACAAGUUUCAUCAAUAAUAUAAAGCAGCAGCAAUAAACUGUUUACGAAAAUAAAAACAUGUGAUCGUGUCGAUUGAGUUUCCUUGAAGCUUUCGAAUCAUGAGAUAUCAUAAGAUUCUUGCAAAUCCUGUGAAUUUUUCGUGAUGCAUUAUGGUACUUUGUAAAGACUAGCACUGACUCGCUUGAUCCAUAAAAUGAAGAUUUUCUGGUGAUGGAAAAUGAAUUAUCUUCUUCUCAAAUUCUCAAAUAAAAAAUUCCUGAGCAACUGGCUUCAAGAUGAAAUGAAAAGGAAAAUUGUGAAGGGGCUUCGAGAAAAUGGUGACCUUCAGGGGAGAUCCACCAUUUUAGAUGCCAUAUGUUAUUAAGAGGUUACUUAUCCAAUGCUGAUGAUGAGUUGACCUAUCUCUGAGUCUAACUCUACCUAAUAUGGCCUCUUUCCCCACUGGCCAGAUAACAUUGAACGAGCUGGAGGAAGCUCAGAACGCUGUUGGAGAAUUUGGGGCGGAUAACAGAGCGGGCAUCGAGGGAACACUGCACAGGAUAUCGGCGAUAAGAAGCAGGAAGGGAUUCAUUGUUGGAAUGACCUGCAGAGUUGGCCGGGCAGUCACUGGCCAUGUCGACAUGGUUCGUGACCUGCUCAAUCUUAAUGAAAGCAUUCUAUUUCUGGGCAGGUAAACUAGUGGAUUAUAAUUCUCCUUCUAAUAUCCUUCUGUUGGAACUAUUGGGACAUCUAACUUAAAACCAAUAGGCAUGAGUGGGCUAUCCCCAUUGUUUAUAGAAUAGCAGGGAUGAGACUUUUCUCGGCAAACUCAUAUCCUUCAUGUCAAGCUGACCAUCAGCUCUGAUAUCAUGUUAAAGUUAUCCGGGAAUCCAUGUUAGAGCCAGCUGACGAUGAGCAGAAGCAUAUCUAUAAUCUUGGGUUUAUUUCUGAUACGAAUUUGUGGAACUAUUCUGAACUCCAAAUUUUGUGCCUUUUUCUUUUCUUUUGCAAGGCCUGGGGUGGGGAAGACCACUGUAAUGCGGGAGAUCGCACGCGUUCUAGCCGAUGAGCUUCACAAAAGAGUGGUAUGAAAUGCCGUGCAUAUAAUUACUCUGUGGUACCCAUCAUAACUUAGAAUCCGGCACGUAUCCCAUUCAUCAGUUUGUUGAUGAUUAGAUAGGUAAUUGUGGAUACCAGCAAUGAGAUCGGAGGAGAUGGAGACGUCCCCCAUGCAGCCAUUGGCGGAGCUAGGCGGAUGCAAGUGCCGAGACCAUCCUUGCAGCAUAGGGUUAUGAUCGAAGCUGUGGAAAAUCACAUGCCUGAGGUGGUGAUUGUGGAUGAGAUCGGCACAGAAGCAGAGACAAUGGCCUGCCGCUCCAUUGCAGAGAGGGGGGUCAUGCUCAUUGGGACGGCGCAUGGGGAACAGCUUGGGAACAUCAUUAAGAAUCCCACUCUCUCGGACCUGGUUCGCCCUUGUUUCCCCCAUGUUUGCUUUAUCAACCAGUAGUUUGUUGGACUUUCUUCAUUAGACAGAUAGAUCCUUGGAUUUAAUUUUGCAUAUUUUUUUGAGAAAACUAUCAGCCAGAAUCUCUUUCUUUCUUUUUUUUUUCCUAUUUCACCAAACAGGUUGGAGGAGUGGAAACUGUCACUCUAGGGGAUGAUGAAGCUCGAGCGAGGCGUUCCCAGAAGAGUAUUCUUGAGAGGAAGGCUCCUCCAACCUUCCCUUUCCUCAUUGAAAUGAGAGAGCGGAAUUACUGGGUUACCCAUUGGGUAAGUUAAUUUCCUCGUGUGUAAUCUUCCCCAGAUAGAUUAUUCCAUUCGCUAGUUUGUCAAUGCCUUUGACUCUCAAUAAGUCGAGUGAGAAGGACCUGGAAUCACGCCUUCUGGUUGGUUAUUCCUAGUGUAGAAUAUCUUUAAAGGUUUUUGUCUAGGAUAACUCAAGAACGGACCUUUAGAUUUUAGAAGAACUGGUGUUUUGAGGAUGGGUUGUCCCAUGAAAGUAAGAGACUAGUUUUGCUCUGUUGACCACGUUUUUUUCCCAUCUCCACGGCAUGAUAUCCAGGAUAAAUACUUAUUUAGUGUCAUGUGAAUUUUCUUCGAAUGGUUGUGAAUCUGCUCCUCUGAUCCUGGUUCAUCAUCCCGAUUAAAGUUAUUGUUGAGUAACAUUGCUGCCAUCUUUCUUUUUUGCAGACAGAGAGAAGUGUCGAUAUGUUGCUCCAUGGGAAAAAGCCACUGGUCGAGGUUGUUAUCUACAAAUUCACUAGAAAUAGUUAUUUAAAUAUUCUUACCUUACUGGGUAAUUAUAUUUUAUGAUUUCACAUGCCAAUAUCUUCCAUUAAGGCUCCUAAAUGGAGGUGCAUUCCAAUUUCGUAUUCUCAUGCUAGCAGCUAUUUCAAAUAUCAUUCUCAUACCCACUGAAGAAUUUUAAAUAAUUUCCUCAGAAUUCAUAUACUUUAUGAUUUCCAGAUGCCUGAAAAUAGAAAAAAACUCUCGAUAUCUUCCAUGAAAGCUCGAAAAUGGAGAUGCAUUCCAAGGCAUCAUUCUCACGCUAGCGCCCCAAUGGGCUCUGUUGUGGCCUGCUAGUCAGUCAUAUUAUCAGAUAUUAAUGUAGAAGUUGAACUGGCUUGUAGGUGAGGAAGAGAGAUGACCAGUUCAAGGUGGUCAUUGAGAGAUGGAAGACAUACGAUGGAGAUGGGAUAUGA